AUGUAUACUGAUAUUAGAAAUCUGUUCCUGUCACCUGUACCACCAGGACCAAUCGUUCCGGUGCAUGAACUUCUCAGAGCAGGGCUUAUUAUCACGCUGUUUAUUGUAACGCUUCUAGCUUGCUCCUUUGCAUUCCUGCUUCAACGCGUGGCGAACAGAACAACCGGAUUCGGGCUAGUACUCUCUCUGAUUUCUGUAUUUGGUGGUGGUGUAUUUUUGGCUACAUGUCUAUUAGAUCUGUUACCGGAUGCAAAAGAAAGUCUUAGAAGAAUUGAAAAGAUGCAACACAUCUCUUAUACCUAUCCAGUGAUGGAAAUUUUUGUGGCUGUUGGGUUUCUGCUGGUACUUUCAACUGAACAAGUUAUUGUAUUUAUCCGAGAAAAGCAAUGCAACGGUUCCGCAGAUCUGGACAAUUUAAUCACGGGACAUCAAGAUCACAACGAACAAAAUCCUGAACUUGCAGAUUCUUAUCCGGAAUACGAAAACGAAGUUAAUCAGAGCUCCUUAACGCAGUCUCAAUCGAUAUUACGGAUUGUUUUGCUAGUAAUGGUACUAUCCUUACAUGCUGUGUUUGAAGGCCUAUCAUUAGGCCUCGUUAGUGGCAUGAGCGAAAUUAUGCAGGUUUUCUUUGCGCUACUUCUGCACAAAACAGUUAUUGGCUUUUCACUUGGGAUUCGUCUUGUGCAGAGUGCUUUAAGUCUUACAACGGCAUUAUUAUGUUCGACUGUCUUCGCUGCGCAAAUUAUUAUUGGAGGUUUUGGUGGCAUCGCUAUCCUGGAUCUCGUUAGCCGUGGAUCACCACUUAUUGCUAGUGCAGUUUCCUUCAUCGCACAGGCAAUAGCGUGCGGAACAUUCCUGUACAUAACUUGUUUCGAAAUAUUGCCACGCGAAUUUCAUCAAGGCCAGUUUCGUAUCGCAAAACUCUUUUCACUAAUUGUUGGAUUUGUCUUUAUUGCGAGUCUGAUGGCUUUAUUUCCCAACAGCUAA